UGAUAAUGUAGGAUAAUAAAAAAGUCCAAUAAUUUAUUUUAUAAGAGAAAGUAGGUUAUGGAGCAUUUGGAGAUGUAUAUAAAGCAAUGGAUGAAGAGACAGGUAAACACAUUAUUUUAAACAAUUUUAGGAGAAAUCUUCGCCAUUAAAAGAAUCUUUUCUGGAAGGUCUUAAUAGAUUGAUUAAUCAACUAUCAGGUAAUAGUAGAUUAUUAAUUUAUAGGGAAAUAGCAGCACUUAGUUCUUUAAAGGGAUAAAAUCAUAUAGUUCCUUUAUAAAAAGUAAUUUUUGAAAAAGGGUGUGUUUAUAUAGUAUUACCAUUUUACCCAUAUAAUCUUUAUGAACACUUAAAAAAGAAUAGUGAAAUCAAUUAUAAAAAGGUUUUCAAGUAGCUUCUAAUUGGAGUUUACAAUAUUCACAAAUUAGGUUUCAUGCACAGAGAUUUGAAACCUUUGAAUAUUCUUGUUGAUGAAAACCAAAAUGUUUAUAUAAGUGAUUUUGGUAUAGCAAGAAUGAAUUUUGGAUAAUGUAGAAACUUUAAUUCGAAUAGUGAAAAACAUUCUUAUGAAGUUAUUACAUUACAUUUUAGACCACCUGAAAAUUUAUUAGGUUGCGAUAAUGUAAAAUUAUAUUUAAAUUUUAAAAGUAUCAUGUAUCAGUGGAUGUAUGGUCAUUAGGUUGUGUGUUCUAUUAAGUAGUAAUGAAAGAAAUUUUGUUUUAUGGUGAUUCUUAAAUAGAGAUGUUAUUUAAGAUAUUUUCAAAAUUAGGUACUCCUAGUGCAUUUAUAGCACCUUCUCUUUGUAGUUUGCCUUUAUUUAAUGUAAUUAAUUCAAUGAAUUAGGAGAAUGCUGCAUUUCCUCGAUUUUAUCCAACUAAGUAUUUGUAUUAAUAAGAGUUGUUAUCUAAGAUUGGAUAUGAAGGUGCUGAUUUAAUAGAUAGAAUGAUUUAGUUAGAGCCUUCAAGAAGAAUUACUAUGAGUGAAGCUCUAUAACAUUAAUAUUUUCUAUGA